AUGAAAGGAGAAAGAGAGAGAGAGGCGAUCGGGGAGAUGAGGAAGAAGACAAUCGUACGGGGAAGCCGAGAGAGAGAAAAUAGAGAGGAAAGAAGAGAGAGGCCGGAAGGGAAGAGGGGAAAGGAAAAGAAAAGAGAGAAAAAGGGAAGAGAAAGGGAGUGGCCAAGCGAGAGGAAGGGAAGCCGAGAACGUCCACGCAAGGGGAGAGGAGAGAUAGAGAGAACUGCGAAGGAGGAAGAAAAAGAAAGGGAAUCACGGCCGAGGAGCAUCGUUUAUGAGCUAAAGGACCGCAGGGUGACUGAUAGGGGGCAACCGGGAGCCAAGCCGAGGCCAAAUCGCCCACGCCAAAAGGCUCGGUUGGGCCACCUACCCGUGCGAGAACUGAGGAAGUUUCCUUGGAAAUGGGGAAAGCCGACCCAUUCGGGAAGUCGAAGGGUCUUCUCCGAGCAUGAGAACUCGAUCCACCAUUUUGGAGUUCCGAUUCACCGUUCGAGAAGCUGA